UUACUUCCGGGUGUGCGCGGUGACGCUGCGCAGAGCCUCCUCCACCUCCUGCAGCUCCUCUCCCUCCUCUCCUCGUUCCCGUCGUUCUCCUGCAGCUCCUCGCUUCUUCUCUGCAGCUUCAGCAGCUCCUCAUCCUCAGGUCACAACAUGUCCACUAAGGUCGCCGUGGUAACGGGCAGUAACAAGGGCAUCGGCCUGGCUAUUGUCCGAGCGCUCUGCAAACAGUACCAAGGAGUCGUGUACCUCAUGUCCCGAGACGAGGGCCGUGGUCAGGAGGCCGUGGCGUCUCUGGCCUCGGAGGGACUGAAGCCCAUGUUUCACCAGCUGGACAUCAAAGACCUGAGCAGCAUCACCACCGCCGUCGCUUACUUCAAAGACAAGUACGGAGGAGUGGACGUCCUCGUCAAUAACGCUGGGAUCGCAUUCAAAGUGGCUGACCCGGCUCCUUUUGACGUCCAGGCGGAGGUCACGCUGAGGACAAACUUCUUCGCCAACAGAGACAUGUUGACCCACUUCCUGCCGAUCGUCAAAGCAGGAGGUCGUGUGGUGAACGUCUCCAGCUCCGUCGGCUAUCGUGCCCUGACCCAGUGCAGCCCGGCGCUCCAGAAGCGUUUCCGCAGCGAGGACAUCACUGAGGACGAGCUGGUGGGACUGAUGCAGCAGUUCGUCGACGCCACCAAGAAGAACGAACACAAGCAGGGCGGCUGGCCUGAGACGGCGUACGGCGUGUCCAAGACCGGCCUGACGACUCUGACCAUGAUCCUGGCUCGUCGUCUGUCCAAGGAGAGACAGAGCGACAAGAUCUUGCUGAAUGCCUGCUGUCCAGGAUGGGUGCGCACCGACAUGGCUGGAGAUAAAGCCCCCAAGUCACCAGACGAGGGCGCUAUCACUCCGGUGUACCUGGCCCUGCUGCCGCCAGGAGCCACUGAUCCUCAUGGGAAGUUUGUGUCUGAUAAGGAGGUUCAGGCCUGGUGAGAGGGUUAAAGGGUGUGUGUUGGGUUGGAUAGGGUUAGUAACUGUGCAUUAUUCUUUCUGGGUGCUUUGGAAAUUCUUUUUUUUCCUAAAAAUAUUUUUCUACAUGUAAAAGAGAAAAUGUGCUUUAACCAGGAAAAAAACAAAAAUGUUCUGAAAUCAAUAAAAAGUUUUUCUGGCAAAAA